AUGGCGCAGUCUAUGCUCAUGUCCAGCCUCGGAGGCCGCCGUCUGGGGGAGCCGUUGACGCCGGCUCAGUCCCUCAUUCGCCGGUUGCGGCCGGGGUCGGAGUCCUUGGUCCUGCUCUGCCCGCCGGCGCUCCGGCGCGGGACCCUCCCUUCCCCUUCCUACGCUCCGACGCUCGCCAUCUUCAAGCCGAAGACCAAGGCGGCGCCCAAGAAGGUCGGUCUCUCUUCUUGAUUCCCCUGGAAUGGCGAUCCUCCGUGAGGGCCUCUCUCUCAAGGUCCUUCUCUGUAAAUGUUGCAGGUGGAGAAGCCCAACCCAAAGCCGAAGGUUGAGGACGGAAUCUUCGGGACAUCGGGCGGCAUCGGCUUCACCAAGGCCAACGAGCUCUUCGUCGGUCGUGUUGCCAUGAUUGGCUUCGCCGUGAGUCCCUUACCUCUUCUUCUUCCGUCAAUGUACCUUCGAGGAUAGCAAUGAAUUAGGGUUUUUACGAGGCGGCGUGGUUGUAGGCGUCCCUUCUCGGGGAAGGAAUCACGGGGAAGGGGAUUCUCUCCCAGUUGAAUCUGGAGACCGGUAUCCCCAUCUACGAGGCAGAGCCACUGCUCCUCUUCUUCAUCCUCUUCACCCUCCUCGGCGCCAUCGGAGCUCUGGGAGACCGAGGGCGCUUCGUCGACGACCCCCCCACCGGGCUCGAGAAGGCCGUCAUCCCCCCCGGCAAGGGCAUCAGAUCCGCCCUGGGUCUUAAAGAAGGAGGUAAGCGCCAUUUCAGACUACCUUGUGCUCCUCCUCAGCGCCGGAUUCUGAUCCUCUGCUAUUGAUCCAAUCCUUCUGCGAAGGCCCUCUGUUCGGAUUCACGAAGGCGAAUGAGCUCUUCGUGGGAAGGCUGGCGCAGCUCGGGAUCGCCUUCUCCAUCAUCGGGGAGAUCAUCACCGGAAAGGGAGCUCUGGCGCAGCUGAACAUCGAGACCGGGGUGCCGAUCAGCGACAUCGAACCGCUGGUCCUGUUGAACGUUGCCUUCUUCUUCGUCGCCGCCCUCAACCCCGGCACCGGCAAGUUCCUCACCGAUGAGGAAGAGUGA